AUGGAGAGUGGAGAACACAUGCCUGACAAGAUAAAGUUUGUUAGUGAGUUGGCUCGAGUGGCUGCCCCAGGAGCCACAAUAAUAAUAGUUACAUGGUGCCAUAGGGAUCUUUCCGCUUCUGAGGAAUCCUUGCAGCCUCAGGAAAAAGAGCUACUAAACAAGAUAUGUGAUGCUUAUUUUCUCCCAGCAUGGUGUUCUACUGCCGAUUAUGUCAAAUUACUUGAAUCCCUCUCUCUUCAGGAUAUUAAGGCAGCGGAUUGGUCUCAGUAUGUUGCCCCAUUUUGGCCGGCAGUUAUUAGAUCAGCAUUGACAUGGAAGGGCCUCACAUCAUUGCUGCUGCGAAGUGGAUGGAAGACCAUAAAGGGGGCAUUGGCAAUGCCAUUGAUGAUCCAGGGAUACAAAAAGGAUCUAAUCAAAUUUGCUAUAAUUACAUGUCGAAAGCCUAAGUAG